AGGGGGCGGCGGCGGUGGCUGUGGCUGCUUGAAGGGUCGUGGCUGCAGCCGGCCUGGCUGGCUCGGCAAGAAACAGAUGCGGGUGAAAGAUCCAUCCAGAGCUAUUUCCGAAAAAACCAAAAGAAACAGAAGGCCUAAUACUCCUCCAGAUGAAGACUCUUCAGAUGACAUUGCUGCAGGUUUAACUUGUCAGCAUGUAAGUCAAGCUGUCAGUGUCCACCAUGUGAAGAGAGCAGUAACUCAGAAUUUGUGGUCCGUUUGUUCAGAAUGUUUAAAGGAAAGAAGGCUCUGUGAUGGAGAGUCAGUAAAACCUGAUAUUUGGUUGUGCCUCAAGUGUGGUUUUCAGGGAUGUAGUCAAAACUCAGAAGACCAGCAUUCUUUGAAACACUUUCAGACUUCCCGCACAGAACCCCAUUGUAUUAUUAUCAAUCUUAACACAUGGAUUAUAUGGUGUUAUGAGUGUGAUGAAGAAUUAUCAACACAUCGUAAUAAAAAAGCUUUGGCUCAAAUAGUUGAUUUUCUCCAGAAGCAUGUUUCAAAAACAGAAGCAAGUUCAUUUUCCAAAGUAAUAAGGCUUUGUGAAGAAAAAUGUGAAGCAGGUGAAAUAUGGAAAGGAAAAUGCCAAAUCAAUAGUUUACCAGCUUCUGUGAAAGGAAUUAAUAACUUAGGGAACACUUGCUUUUUUAAUGCUGUCAUGCAGAAUUUGGCACAGACGCACAUGCUCAAUGAAUUGAUGUAUGAAGUCAAGGAGAAGGGGACAAAGUUAAAAAUUUUUCAUACUUCAGACCCUCAGUUGGAUCCACUAGUGGUGAACCUGUCAAGUCCUGGAACUCUGACUUCAGCUAUGUUCCUCUUCCUUCACAGCAUGAAGGAGCCUGGAAAAGGACCACUUUCUCCUAAAGUCCUCUUUAACCAGCUUUGUCAGAAGGCCCCACGAUUUAAAGGUUUCCAACAGCAGGAUAGUCAAGAACUUCUGCAUUAUUUACUGGAUGCAAUGAGGAUAGAAGAAACAAAGAGAAUACAAAGUGGCAUUCUAAAAGCAUUUAAUAAUCCAACUGCUAAAACUGCAGAUGAAGAAACUAGAAAAAAAGUCAAAGCAUAUGGAAGAGAAGGAGUGAAGAUGAACUUCAUAGAUAGGAUCUUUGUUGGUGAAUUGACUAGCACAGUCAUGUGUGAGGAAUGUGAAAAUAUCUCAGCCAUGAAAGAACCUUUCAUUGAUCUUUCUCUUCCCAUAAUAGAAGAAAGGGUAUCAAAACCUGUUCCAGUGGGAAGAAUGAAUAAAUGUAAGAAUUUACAAGAAGCCGACCUAGAUCAGUACAACUGCACUACUGCUACUACAAUGAAUAAUCAUCUGAAAAGUACAAAGAAACACUCCUUAAUGAAAGAUAGGAAUCAACUAAAUUAUGAAAGAAGACUUGUAAGAAAAUCAUCAUCUGGGGAAGAAGAGAAAAUUCCUGUUAUCAUGCAUCAGAAAAAUGGAAACCUUGAAAUAAAUGGGGAUUCUUCAAUUUUGUCCAUAGGAGACACAAGUAGGGUGUCUGAGACUACAGCAAAUGCAAGUCAGACUGAUGGAAGUGAGAAAGAAGUCAGCCAUUCUGAAAGUAGUGUUGAUGCUGACAGUGAGGCUUCAGAAUGUGAAAAUGCUUCAAAGCAAACCAUUUCUGUUAGACCCAAUAGCUUAUCCUUUUUGCAUGAAGGUGUUCCUACCUAUCCAUCAAUAGUCCCUGAACUUCCAUUUGCCAUUGCCAGUGAGAGUGGUAAGGAAGUAAUCACUGAAGCUACUGCCAAACUUAGCUUAAAUGACACUGUAACCAGAGGUACAGAGCUUAACAAUGAAUACCAGCCAUUAAAUUUUUCAAGUAAUUCCUUAUGUUCAGUGGAAAAGUAUACACUAUCCCAUAGCCCCCAGAAUGCUUUCCAAACCCUUUCUCAGAGCUAUACAACUACUUCCAAAGAAUGUUCAAUUCAGUCCUGUCUGUACCAGUUUACGUCUGUGGAGUUACUAAUGGGAAAUAACAAGCUUUUAUGUGAGAACUGUACCGAAAAGAAACAGAUGUACCAAAAGAAAAUCAAUUCUACAGAAAAGAAGUCAGAAGGUAUGUAUACCAAUGCAAGGAAGCAGUUGCUCAUUUCUGCUGUUCCAGCCAUUCUUAUUCUCCAUCUUAAAAGAUUCCAUCAGGCUGGUUUGAGUCUACGAAAAGUAAACAGACAUGUGGAUUUCCCACUUGUGCUAGAUUUAGCACCCUUUUGUUCUGUUACAUGCAAGAAUGUAACCAGAGGAGAGAAAGUUCUCUAUGGGCUUUAUGGAAUAGUGGAACAUAGUGGCUCAAUGAGGGGAGGCCAUUAUACAGCUUACGUGAAGGUCAGAACAACUUCCAAGAAAUCAUUGGACCAUGUUGUUGGAAAUAAAAAUGUCCAUGGUUUAAAAGAAACGGUGGGAGCACCACCAGGACAAUGGGUGCAUGUUAGUGAUACUCAUGUGCAAAUGGUUCCAGAAUCCAGAGCACUUAGUGCACAGGCUUACCUUCUUUUUUAUGAAAAGAUACUAUAGUGAUCAUUGUUAAUAAUUGUUUAAAAAGUUAAUGAUUAUUUAGGUCACCUCUAUUUAAAUGCUGCAGGGGUAAACUGAAUAUGUAGUGUGCCUUUAUUAUGUUUUUCUUUCUAAUAUUUAAUCUCCACUAGAUAUUCCUGAACUUCAAAAUUUUUUUUCAUUUAUUCCUUUUUAAAAUGAAUUGUAAUUCCCCAAACUUUUAAAUUUCUAUCUCCUUAAGUCAAAUGCCUAAUAUGUGCUCUUUAGAAGUUUUGUCAAAAAAUAUAUCAAUUAUACUUGGAACCUAUAGCCCUUGAGCCCUGAGUGAUACAAUUCAAUAAUAUUGUAAUUUGCCUCAUUAUUAUAUAGUUUUAGCAAGUUACUAUCCCCUAAAAUAUAACUACUAGCAA